UCUGGCUGGCUCCUUUUCCCAGGAGGAGGACUCCACACCCGAAACUUGCACAAGACAAAAAGAGACCAUUUGGAUCAGAUCAAGCACGGUUAGAGUGUCUGGGGAAAAAAGGAUGGCAAUGGCAACAGGUACGGGAGCUUGUGCGGUGUAUGAGCUCGUCGCCAAGGGGAGGGAGUCGGCUGCCGUUCUGAAGGCCCUGUUCGAGCAGCAGCCUGAGGCGGCCGGCGAGAUGCCACACGGUCUCCGGGAUCUCGCCGAGCAGAUCCUCCGCUGCUUUAACAGAGCGCUCGCGGCCCUGCGCAGUGGCACGUCGGAUGCUGCCGGCGGUGCCAGGAAGCGCAAGCCGGAGCGCGGCUCGGCUGCUGCUCUUGCGACGAGCUCCAAAAGAACGAGGGCGAGUGGUGGAGAAAAUGGAACGAGAGUUGAGAAGAAAUGGACAAUGGAGGACGGCUUCAUCUGGAGGAAGUACGGGCACAAGGACAUCCAGGACAGCAAGUACCCGAGGCUCUACUUCCGCUGCACCUACAAGGACGACCAUGGCUGCAUGGCCAGGCGGCAGGUGCAGCGAUCGGAGGCCGACCCAUCCGUCUACCUCAUCACAUACUUCGGCGAGCACACCUGCUGUCGUGGCGACGACGAGCCACCGGCGCCGUUCGUCAUCAACUUCGGUUCGAGCACCAGAGACGAGCAGCCAAGCGGUUCGCCCUGGCCGUCCUGUGAGGAUGACGGCCUGGUGGUCAGCAAGACAUCGGAGGUCUUUGGCCUUCCGGAAGAAGAGGAACUGCGAGCGGGCAUGGGAAACGUGACUGAACUGAUCGAGAAGUCAACUCCAGUGCCGGAGCCCACUGGUCCGAGCUCGCCGGGAUCGGAACCUUUUGACGGCUGCUUGGACUGGGUGCUCGGCGAGAGCUCGUUUGACAUUGGCGAAUCCAUCAACUACGAUGACCUUGCUGGUCUGCUUCAAUAGGAUCGAGGAAUGCACCGUCCAUUGUUGUUCUGGCAAAUUGGGAAAUAGGAGGCGUGUAGAUUUAAAUGAAGCUAUACAUAUUCGUGUUAAUAGA